AUGUUUAAAUUGGAAUCCUAUAUAACACCAGUGAUUCUCAGUUAUGUAGAGAAAUAUGUAAAAAAUUUUAAACCUGAACAAUCACAAGUAUCUUUAUGGGGUGGAGAUGCAUCCUUUCAAAAUCUAGAUUUACGGCUAGAGGUAUUAGAAGAACAACUUAAUCUUCCAUUUGUUUUUGUUAGUGGCCAUAUACAUGAAUUGUUGAUACACGUUCCUUGGGUAAAAAUUACUUCUGAACCAAUAGUUGUUACCAUUAAUACUAUAGAGUGCAUUUUAAAGUUGAAAGAUGAGAACACCACAGAAAGUAGUACAACGGCUUUACAGAGGAGAAAAGAGGUGGUACAAGAAGAAGCUCCAUCUGGAUAUAUAAAAAGCAUAGUUACAAAGGUCAUUAAUAAUAUCACUAUUCAUUGCAACAAUCUCAUCUUGAAGUAUGUAGAAGAGGAUAUUGUGCUUAGUGUAAAUGUUAGAUUUUUAAGUAUGCAAACUGUCGAUAACAAGUGGGAACCAGCUUUUACAGAAGUCAACGCUCAUGAAGUGAUGCUUAGGAAAGUUAUAACUAUCCAGGAUUUGACAUUAUGUUUGGAUAAAAUGAAUGCAUCAGGCAAGAUAGAAAUAUAUCAGGAUCCCGUUUUAUAUCGAUGCUCAAUGACAAUCCGCAUGAUUAUAAAAUAUCAUAAUAAUAUCUCGAAGAGAGCAUCUAUCACGAGACUCGAUCUUCAUUGUGAAAAAAUGGAAUUUAGCGUAACCGAACAACAAGUACCGAUGCUUCUCAGACUAGCGGCCUUGGUAAUGGCGUUGCAAACAAAACAGUUUCCACCAAGUAAGGAGAAAUCUUCCAUUACUGUAGACGAGAGGGAAGAUAUCGUGCAAGACGACAUGAAUCAAGUAGCGGCAACUUCUACAGAUGUAGUUGGCUGGGGUGGAUGGGCGUGGGACAUGGUAUCAUCCGUUUUACCUGUUGAUUGGGACAAUGAUUGGUCUGCUGAGCAACAAAUGGCUUAUUCUGGUCAUACUGUACAUUUAGGCCUUUACAUAGAUGAUGCUACUCUAACAUUUAAGACUGUUGAAAGUGUCAAAGAACAACUAUUCUAUAAAUCUCGGAAACUUAGGUACAAAUCGUUGUUAUCGCUUCAGUUAAACGGGGUUGUGAUAGAUACUUUAAUUCAAGGAAUUGCAAUGACGACCUUCCAAGUUGGAGUGGCAUGUAUACGACUUUAUCCGCGAGAAACAUGCAGUUGUGGAUAUUUAGAAGUUAUUGAUGGUGCACAGCCGCCUCUUUACAUAAUAGCUGGGAAAUUGAACACUGACUAUUUGAAAGAUUCAUUAUUUGAUAAAGAAGCUAUAGAAAACAAAGGAAAAAAGAGAAAUUACAAGCAAGGAGUAGAUCAUCACUUGACAACAUUCACGGAUGAAAAACUGUUAGAGAGAUGUCAAGCGUUUGUCAUGGAUUAUGUAUAUUAUGUUGAAUUGCCCGACGAUAUUACUCCCGAAAGGUUAUUCGAACUUGGACCAAAUUUUGAAUACAGCAAUUUUCAGGAGCGCAGGAUAGUAAGAUAUCUUGGCAGCGACUUAACAAUUAGAUUAUGUUCUGGAAUUUUCCAUCGUAUCGAUAAUAUUAAACAAGCUGCAGCAAAUUAUGAUUAUGACCCCUACCUUGUAAUAAAACCAGACCCUCUCGUUGACGAGCUGCCCCCAGUUACAUUGGAAGAAUACGAAGCACUCAAGGAGAACGUAUCGAUGACGGAAACAAAAUUAAUUUUAAAAAAGGCGUCGUUACAAUUACAACUGGCAGAUCAUUGCGUUGCAGGCGUACCACGUCAACGUAAAAUUAUUGAAACUCGGACUACUCCGCCAUCUCCUGCCCUUACGGAUGAUCCUUUUGCGACCAUUGAAUGUGAUGAAGCAAUCGCCACUAUAGUUCAGCCCAUGUAUCCGUUUAGACUUGUGGCUUGUGCAUCAAAAUUGACAGAGCUAUCGCCAGAAAUGUUUACUCAGUGCCAUGCAAUUACUGACAUACAAGUGACUGGAGCAAAAAGUCAACUCCACUUAACAAAAACUUGCAACACUUCAAUAAUAAUGCCUUAUUCAGUGGAAGCAUCAUCCAAGAUAUUGUUGUAUCCUCAAUAUUGGCGAAAUGUAGACAUGGUUCAAAAGUCUUAUUCGUUUCAAUCUGAUAGCAUCACAAUCACGGGCACCAAAGCAAAGAUAAUAGCUGCAGCCUUUAUAGUAACUUCUAUUUUUAAUCCCAUGGAUAUGACAAAUCCACUUGUCAGCUCUACUCUUUUUAAUGACGCUUGUCAGGAAAAAUCCCCAGUAUAUCUAGAGUUAUAUCUAGAGAAUAUAAACUGCAAGAAUGUUUCAUCUUCAGUCACGGUAUCAAACGAAGUGAACAUAGAUUCUGUAAAAAUAUUUGCUUUCAAUGAUUCGCAGCAAGCCUUUAUCCUUUCAGGUCCAGAAAAUCGUGGUGAAAGUGAUAUGGGAAAUGUACCACUUUUAUCUAUUGUGGUUCAGUUUCCUAAAAAUAUAGAAUUGCAGACGCAUCCACCGCUUACUUCGUUUAAAAUAGCCGAGAUCAGAGCUUCAUUAGACCCGCUUUUCUUCGAAUGGCUAGAAUAUCGUCCUACUUAUCACAAAUUCGAAAGUGCGCAUGUACCACGUUCAGAUAGCCAACAGAUGCUCAUCGAAGGUACAUCAUCUGAUACGGGUACACGGAAGAAAACGUUCCCGAGUCUGCACGAAAGCGUACACAGUUCGUCGGAUAAAGAGAAGAAAAGAUCAGCUAUAACGGAGAAGUCGAAAACGUUACGGAACGAUGAAACGCAAAAGAAAAGUGAAUCUAAGAUGGAAGAUGAACAACAGAACUUACAGAAAUCCGGAAUAUUGGUCAGAUUGGCAGAGUUGUAUUCGUGGUGGUGCAGUCUUGUGCUGAGUGGAUAUAUUGGACAUAUUGUUAUUUAUAUACCAUCCAAUACUAUGAGUGGUAUUGGCGCUGAUGGCAUAGAACAGGCCAAAGAAAGAGCUCUGGUAGAAAAUCAAGAUUUGCAAAUAAUGAUAGUAAAAUUACCAAGUCUUCUCAUACAUUCAUCUAAUCUGAACGCUGAGAUGCUUAGCCCACAUCUACGGAAUCUCCCUGUUAAAUUACCAGAAUCUAUGUGGACCUAUCGAAUACAAAGCUUCCCGUGGACAUUAAGUCUUAUUGACUUUCAUUGCUACACCUUACAACAACAAACACAAAAGAACUUUAUAAAAAAAGUUACACUGAAUGCUACAGUAGCUCUCACUACUAAAACGGCUGCAACACAAUCGAACACGCUCACUGCGUUAAGCGUUUGUGUACAUAUUGAUAAUUCUCCUAUCAUUGUUUCAGUUUCGGAAGAACAGGUUAUUUUUAUGAGCAACAUAGCAUUAGAUAUCAUGAAGAUUUUGCGACCUCUGUGUGAUACCCGUGAGAACAAAAUGAUUAUACCACAAAUAAACAAUGAGACGCAAGUUGUUCUCCCUGUUAUACCACAAACUCCGUCCAGCCCAACUCAAAUAAUAUAUCCGGAAGACACAACUACUAAUUCAACUAUAUCUACAACGAAAGACGACUUAGGAUAUGAGAAGGAUGGCUUAGUUCUAACAGCGUGGAUUCAGUGGACUAUAACGAAAGUAACGACCAAAUUAUACAUCAUGGGGCAAGCGAAUAUGUCUUCUCUAAAAUUAAUGUUGGAAUUAGAGGAUAUUAUAACAUCCUUGGAUCUACAAUCGGUUUAUAUGCAACUAAAAAGUAAAAUAACAACUGCAACGAUAUUCCACUACGUUAGAAGCCCAUAUGCAUUACAUUGGGAUGUUGGUGAAUAUGCCGGGCUAGUACUUUGUGGAAGAGAAGAUAACUUGGAGAAAGUCGAUGAUUCUGGUUUCGUGAGUUUUACGCUUACCCGUGCAAAAUCAGGAAACGUGUACACGCGUUGGGGCACUCACAAACGUCACAAGUCUCAAAAGAAAGAGUUGCUGAUCGACUCUACAUUAUCUACAAAUGGCUACAUCUCUGAAAUACUGAUAAAAAUGCAGAUGGUCGACGUAAUCUUACCGCUUAGUCUAAUUAGCAAGUAUACUCAAUUGAUAAAACCUUUUACAUGCUUGAGUUCAUCCGUUGAGAAAAGCGCGGAAGUAACUCGUAGUAAAAGUAUGGCAACGCCAUUAAUCGAUAUAACCAAUCUGAGUAAUGAAUCAUUACCAUUGAUACAUUUGGAGUUCAAAGGCUUUCGACUCAUGAUGCCAGCCUCAACCGACGCAAAUAAAUUGCAAUAUGAUUUACUGAUGCUCCAGUUGGACGGAAUUCGUAUUACACCUGAUGCGGAAAAUCCAAUCUGUAGAACUCCGUUACGAACUGACAUAUAUCAACUGGCUGCUCAAACAAAUAUAUUGAAUGUACCAGGUUCUGCUGUAGAAGAUCGUCAGUAUCAAAUUAACAUUAAAGGGGUGUGUGUAUACACUACUACGUGGAAGAAUUAUCAGCUAAGUAUCAAUAAGAGAAUGUCUCAAUCAUAUUUGUAUACGAUGAAUGAGAAUCCUGCAUUGGAAUGGAAUAAACUGGGGAAUGGUAGUAGUUUGGAUCCAUAUUUUUCUACAUCUCCUGUGUUGACAAAAUUUGAUCUCUGCUUGAUUAUUGCGCCUGCUGUCAUGUUUAAAACGAACACGAUAGUCUGUGGAAGCGCUAUAGAAGUGAAUUGCAUUACAGACAUAGAAUUAACAAUAAAUUUAGAUCAAAUUAAAUUGAUUUCAACUCUCAAUAAUGAGUUUAAAACAUUAUUGUCCGGAAGUUUCGAGAAUAUAGAAGAUAGAAAUAAUUCUAACAAUACAGCUCAAAAAUUUUCUUCGGGAUUUCAAAAUACAAAAUCUAUCGGCUGGCUAAAGCAGACAUCGGAUGAUUCAGAUCUCGAUUUCGCAAAAGACAGUGGUGUCGAUUUUGAAAUGUCCAGUAUGCAUUCGACAAUAAUUGGAAGACCUACAGGUGCUGAAACUAUGAUGUUUCUACCCUUUGAAUUUUUAGUAAAUUGCGGGAAAAUAACAUUUAUUCUUUACGAAGUUCAGAACACAUUCCUUGAUUUAGAGAAUGACGUAGAUAUACCAAAAACUGACAGCGAAGAUGACAACGAUAAUGCAAAACAGCCAUUACUUUAUUUAAUGAUUAAUCAACCGAAUAUUUACUUCUCUCAACAAUAUUUAUCUAAAAAGAUACAGGUAUCUUGUUUCGACGUAACGAUAGCACUUGGCGAUACACAAAAUUUGAAUACAGUACCGACUGGAAAGGAUUUCAAAAUUUACAUGAUAGAAACGAAACACGGUGAUCCACAUCCAGACACGGGUAUCCCGCCUUCUUUCGCAACUGUAAAGUCCGAAACGAUUCUAGGCAAAAAUCGUCAGUUCUUCAUUGAGAUGGGACGACCGACAAAAGUUCAUCUUUCGUUGUCUCGUCUCAAUAAACUUUACAAUAUACAAAACAAGGUAUUAUCGUGUUUUAUUAGGGGCGACGUUGCAACGCAAGUGCCUACAGAUGGAAAAGAGGCUGUGCACGCGGAUUCUCCAAAUUUGGCGAUAUCGACAAAGUCGAGGAAAUUCAGUGUACCUGAUUUACAUUUAAGUACAAGACAGAUUGUGCUGUCCUUAAAGACUGACUCCGGAGCAGAAAUUAUCGGCAGUUUGGCGUCAUUGAAUGGAAGCCUUUCGACACUUUCGAGACCGGACAGGAUAUAUUCGAACUUAUCCGUAGAUUCGUUCAUUAUAUCUGCGAUAUUAAAUGGCAACAUUAAAGUGCUGUUGAACCCAUGGUGUUGCAACAUAACGACCUGCUUACUUUGGGAAUCUUCGUAUAGUACUGAAGUCAUUCCACAAAUACAAAUACAGGCUGACAGUGAAAGUCUGUAUCUUGACUUCGGGCCGGACCAGAUAAAAAUUAUAAAAAUGGUUAUGCAAGAUUGUCAAUUGCUUUUAAAUGAAUUUGCCUCCUUCUCUGAGGGCGAAAAUAAAGACGAGAAGCAAAUUGUACUGUCGACUGAACAGCAUUAUAAAGAUGAUCUCAAGGCCGGUGCAUUCCAAUUUAUCGACGGCACUGCAGACGAAUUACCCUUUCCGUAUCAAGUAGUAUUCUUUACCUAUCCUCAGCAAGCGAUGGCUUGGAGAUAUCCGCAACCGCGAACGUUAACAAAGAUACACGUGUCUCCUGUGCCGUUUGAAACAGCGAAUAUCGAAGGUGACUACAUCGAUAAAGUUCCCUGCGUUGUUGAGUACUGGAGCGACAGUCAUAUAUCGUAUCAACGUUAUGCCGAUUUCUACUUGUCGGAGACUGAUUCCUACCGGUUGGAUCUGCCGGAGAAGGCACCGGCGCGAGCAGUGGCUUGCGUAUGGCGUGUGGUUAUAUUGUCCAACGAUAAACGACCUAUGUCGAAGAGUGUCGUAUCCGCCCGCGCGCUCGCGGCCUGCUUGCGCAUCGAUUCUUACUUCAAUUCCUUGAUAAUACCGAACAUACAGAUCGCCUUGAAUAUCGGCGUGCUUCAUGUGUCUUUGUACAAUCAUAUUGAUACGACUGUAUACAACAGCUUGCCGCCACCGUUGGACAGAUAUACAUUGAACGGGAAAAUCCCUGAAAUACAGUGUUUCAUGUCCGUGGAACAGAAAGGAGCCGUUUUGGUACUUAACAAGUGGAUAGAUGACUCCGUGCUGCUCGAUGUCGGUGGUACUCUGAGCGUACACGUGUUGGACUAUAGUCAUCUGUCUAUGCAAGAAGUGUUGGACUCUUUAGAAGGAAGAUUCCAGUUGUCUUUGUCGGAUAAGGUAGACACGUCGUUAACGUGCAACCCGUUUACGCUAAAAUUCGGCCCGGCAAUAACUCACACCCUCGCGGUCUCUGCCCAACUAUGGCUAGCGUCCUUCGAUGAAGAAAAAAAGAACGUAAUCGUUUUGACGCGUUACGUAAUCGCCAACGAUAGUAAUAUACUGAUUCGCUUCGGACAGAGCGGCACAGGAGACAGCAUACUGCUCGAGAGUAAGCAAUGCAACUUUUACUCGUGGCGGCAGAUAGGCAAUCAGAUGAUACGGAUAUCGAUCGAGGAGAAUGCCUGGGUAUGGAGCCGACCUUUCUCUGUCAAUAAGGACGGAGUCCAAGUGGUGGAGUUCAAUAAUUCGACGAUCAACACGGCGAUCUUCGUGAACGUCACGUCGCUUUCCGCCACGCAAAAACUAGUGACGUUCUCGGGGCAACUUAUGAUCUCCAAUCAAUUAAUCGACAAUUUUGAGAUGAGAUUGGUCACGUACGAAGCAGAGGUCGGCUCCAAGGUAACGGUUUCCAAGGAAGUGUAUCUCAUACCGGGCAAGAGCUUCCCAUCGUCCAUCAUGCUUGAAAAUAACAAGAAGAUGGCUAUGCGGCUGCGUUUCACGAACUUAACGCACUUAUCUUGGACCGGAGACAUUCCUCUGCAACCUAACAUCAAGUGGGGUCAGCCUUGGCUCGUGAAGGUGCCAUUGCAAGAGCGUGGUCAAUUCCUGAGUAUCUGGGUGCGAAUAGUAACGCAGACGAUACAAGAUAAGCCAAAGAUCCUCGCUGUACUCAGCCCACUUUACAUGAUCCGAUCGCAUCUACCGGUACCAGCUAAAGUCCAGAUGGAGACGCCGUCUCUGAAGAUGUCGUCGAGUACGACGAUAAACGGUCGCGGCGAGUGUCAGCAACUGUAUUGUCCCGGCACGUUUGAGCAUUUUCAUCAGUUGACGUUCCAACUGGAAUCCGGUGUCUCCGCGUCGAAUCCUUACGUGCCGCUGUCGUACAGUUCCGUGGACCAACGCAAGUUCUUUCGAAGACCUGAUGUCGAAGACAUCGAUAAGAUCCUGCGAGAUCUUAAAGAUCGGAAGGACGAAAUACCGUGGCCGUUUCAGGGAGACGACUCUGAGGAAUGGAUAUCCGCAGAACAGCCACAGACACAUGUGCAGGUGAAGUAUCAGGACGCGGGUUUGGUCUCCAGCACACUGCUGCUAGAGCUACAACCUUGGUGCUUUGUGAUGAACUCGCUAGGCUGUCACAUCUCUUUAGUGUCGGAAGACACGGAGCUCUGUCAGAUUCCGCACUACGGCAUAGUUACGCCGCCCAAGCUGGAAGGCACGUUUCACCUGGGCGUCGGGAUCGGCGACACGUACUACACGUCCCAGGCGUUGCAGUUAACGCGACCCGACUGGAGUCAAAGCUUCUACAUGCCUCGAAUCGGUGGUCUUAUACCAGUCGAGGGUAAUAUUAAGACAUCCGUUGAUUGCGGCAUGAGCAUCUCUCUACUGAGCAUCAAUUCCUCCAUGCACGAAGAUAUGCGUCUGGUGCGCGUCACGAGCAGUCACGUAAUUGCUAAUCUGACGUCUCAGGAAUUGUGCGUGGCCACACUCGCGGUGCACGAGGAAGCAAACGGCCUGCAAUUACCCUACGACCUCACUCCUUACAGUCUGAAUAUUUCACCAUCAGAGGAUCAGAAGCAGGGCACCCCGAUCGUGCAGUGGUAUACAUUGUAUACGGAAAGCAACGUCGAACCGCUCGUGCUGUAUAUAUCCUUCAGUCUGGGUCACAGAUGGUCCUGUCCGAUCAGAGUAGACCAAGCUAUGAGCCGCAGGUCCGUCACGAUUCCAAACGGCUGCGCCUCCAUGCCGGUGAUUGUGACGACACAAGAGGACAAGGGCACCACGUUCAUCGUGGUGCACACCGAUAACCAUCCACAACUGUUGAUCGAGAACGCCUGCUGCUUCAAGAUCUUGCUAGGCCAAGCCGACGAGAGUAGCAACGAGAUCUUAUCGGAUAGCGCUCACUUCACGUGGAUAUGCGAAGUCGACAGUGGAGCGACGUCUCAUUACUCGCUUCCCUGCGUCAGCAAUCGACUGCCCGACACCGCGGUUCCAAACGCGUCGAACGUAUUGCUGUUCUCCACCAUACAGCCGCCGUACGAUCAACCAACGGCGAGAGCGGACUUAAAGUGGUCCAGAGGAGUAAAUUUGUCUGCGUUGUCGUCCACACCGAUAGAUCAGUAUUUGCGAUUACCAUCAUACGGCGAUGUGAAGCUCAUAAUGCAGAGUCGCUGUUAUACGAUUCACAUUAGUAUCGUACCCAUCUCCCAAGUGGAAGUGUCCGCUCAAGACAUCAGAAGCAGAUUGCUACGUAAGAAAAGCACGGCGAAAGACCACGACGGGACGACACAUGGUCCUGCUUCGUUGAAGAGAGCGGAAGAGGAUAAGAUAUUAUCCCACAUACAGAGUACAAGCAGCUCGACAUCGCUAACGAGUUUCUUUUCGGCUCAAGAAGAUCUUUUGCCUGUAGAACCUGUUCUUCCUUCGCUGUCGAGCUCGAAACAAUUGAUCUCAAAGAUAACGGACGAAAAAGCUUCCACUGAGGACAAUCAAACGCGACCAGCUUACGAGAUUAAUCCAGCUAAUCCCAAAGAAGGCUCCGUUACAGUUUACUUGCGCUCUUGCACUAUCGUUAUUCUCCACGACGUCAACGAGAAUGCACAGAGAAUCGAAGUAGCGAGUUUGUCCAUGACAGAUUUAGUCGUUACCGUAAACUCGAGAGCCAGAUUCAUCAAUCUGUGUUGCUACAUAGGCGACCUUCAGUUAGAUAAUCAACUGUUCGAUCAGGGUGGUUUUGAUUUUCCAGUGGUGCUAAUAAGUCAGAAUCCAUUGCCAAGCAGGGAGAUGGUGUUCUACAGUAAUAAUUGUCUAAUAACGAAUAUGGAACAGAUCAAACGGGAUUCUUUGAUAGCCAUCGAGUACGCUUGGGAGGUGAACGGAAACAUGAUAGCGUCAAAGGAAUAUCGCAUGAAAAUCGCGCCUAUCAGCGCAUAUAUCGAGGACACGUAUAUAACGCAGUUGUUGGAUUACGCGACAUCGAUGAUACCGCCGCGUCUGAUACUGAGCGAUAGCCCUAAAAGAAUGCAAACAGUAGCCGUGUCGAACGCAGCGUAUAUACCGGAUUACAUUAUGAUCGACUCGAAAAUUUUAAGCAGACCAUUGCGACUGCAGAACUUCGUGAUAGAACCGUUGUCCAUCUUAUUAAGCGUUCACACAUCUGUGCGACUAUACGUCGCCUUGGAUCAUUCCCCAUUAUAUUUUGGCAUUUUCGAAAGGAAGAAUCUACUCACCACCCCAUAUAGACUUGGCAACGCGCUUACGAUGCAUUAUUUAUCUGGAGCUAUAUUCGGAGCAGGCUGGGUGGUCGGAUCGUUAGAGAUACUUGGGUCACCCGGAGGUUUGGCACAAGCUCUUGGAUCUGGUCUCAGAGAUUUCGUAUCACUUCCAUUCCAAGGACUGUUACAAGGUCCAUGGGGUUUCAUCGUUGGUAUCACACACGGUUCAGCCAGUUUGAUGAAACACGUGACAGCAGGUACUGUGAAUUCCGUAACGAAACUGGCAUCCAGUGUCGCACGGAAUUUAGACCGGUUAACGUUGGACGAAGAGCACUUACAACGACAAGAGGAGUCGCGCAGAAUGCGUCCUCAAGGCAUGGCGCAGGGACUUUACCAAGGCUUGACUGGUCUUGGAAUGAACUUACUCGCGGCUGUUGCUGGCUUGGCACAUCAUCCUUUACAGCAAGUGUGGUCGGGCGAGGCAACGACUAAGAGUUUAGUUACUGGUGUCGGUCUUGGUCUGGUCGGCGUCGUGACCAAACCACUGAGUGGUGCUGCAGAACUAGUUGCUCUCACAGGUCAAGGACUCUUACAAGGAGCUGGAUGGAACUCAUUGCCCACGCCACGUCAAAGGCCAAUAGUGCAAUAUACCACUGGCAAUAAUAGCACAUCCGUGAGAUACACGUGGCGUUUGUCAUCUCUACUCGAGCACAGUCACGACAGUAUUCUUCACGUGACCAGCGCGGAUCACGUAAUUCAUCAAGGUAGCAAUCGCGCGGUUACGCUCGUUCUCACACGGCAAGCUUUAUUGCUGGUGAAUAUGGCGGAAGACAGUGUGGAAAGAAUAUUCUCGCUGAAAGAACUGACUAGCGUUGAUCAUAUCACGGAAUCGACGAUGCUGUGCUUGUAUUGUCCACCAGUUGCGACGCAAUCCAGCAGAUCGUUAUCACCAGCUGAGCACGAGAUGGACCAAGAAAUGAGGGCGCGAGUUGCAGAGUAUGUGCGGACGAGCAGCACCGGUUUAGCCAGUGUGUCAACUAAUAGUGACAAGCAAUCUGACACCUUUGAAAAAGUAUCUCCUCAUCCGGAACAUACACUUACAUUUUAUGUCUGUCCGGACACCCGUAAUUACUUGCUGUCGUUGUUCAACAUUGCCAAACGACAAAAUCAGGGUUUUGGUUUUGCUGUUUUGUAAUAAGAUAAAUUUUCAGUCAGUUGCAAUUAAGCAAGCGCACACAAUGACUAGAGCGAAUAUUCCAUAUAAUUCGAUUGAUCAAAUUAAGUACAUUCGAUUUCAACAUGACUCUUGGAUACACUGAAACGAAUUUAUCGAUAUCUUUGGAAAUUUUAUGUAUUUCGAGUUUACAAAACCAUACACGUGGAAACAGUAUUACCAUGUGAAUUAGAGAUUCGAAAAUACCGAAGUAAACGUAAUCAAGAUUAACAAAAAUUAUAGAAAGCUCCUUUUUAGAAUAACUAACGGUAAGAUUUGAAGAGGCAAAUAAGGAGCAAACACGGAUGUCUAGUGCUAUUAAAUACUAAUAUUUCUUUUAUAUAAUAUUAAUAUGAUAAUGGGGGGAUAAUUAUGUCCAGCAUGUCAAACGCACGUAUCGGAAUUUUUCUUCGAUUAAUUUGCCUCUUCAAAUCUUACUUAGUUAUCAAGAUUCAAGUUAUCAAGUUAGUAAUCAAGAUUCUAAGCUUUCGUACUUUUUUUUUGGAGAGGUCCGUUUCUAUUUUUAUUAAAAUAUAUCGCACAUAUAUAUUAACGCUUUCGUUUUACUUAAAAACCAUUUAUCACGAGUUUAUGAUGUAUGGAUUUUAUUGUAAAUUCAGCAUAUGAGUUAAGUAAAAAACAUAAAUUGUAUAAAAUAUUUACAGAGCGUUAUUUAUACUAAUUCUUGCAAAAACGUACAAAUUAAAAAAACAUGCUAAACUUUAUUUAUAAAUGAUCAUAUAUGAUAUACGAUACAUAUAUGUGUACGAAAGAUAAAAACAAAUUUUUAUAAACUGACUUUAUAUGAACAUGUAUUUAUAUUACGUGCCAAAAAUAUUAUGAACGACUCUAUCAUCAUUGGAAUUGUUAUGAAUCAUAUAAUAUUGCGAUGUAAUAAUUUAAUGUUGUAAUAAUAUAUUUUACAUAUUGUGCAUAUAUAAAAAAUUUAAUAAGUAAUAAAUUAAACAAGAUUGAGAUA